AUGAAGAAGCAGAAGCAUCUGGGCGAUCUGGCGGCGGAGGUCGCUCUCCUCUCCAAACAAAAUAGCCACAUCUCCAACAGCAUCAAUGCCGCCACGGACCAAUGUGUCAAAAUUGAGGCGCACAACUCGGUCCUCAGAGCUCAAAUGACGGAGCUCUCUCAGAGGCUCCAUUCCCUCGCCCAAAUAUUGACUCACGCCGACGAACUUCAGAUCGCCGAUGCUUUGUGGAACAAUUGCUGGGGGAGCACACACAAGCACCCAAUCAUGGCUGCUGCUGAAACUCACCUGUUUCAUUAUUGUUGA